AUGUCUUGUGCCGAGACGGAACUUAAAGCUGCGCAGCAAGCUCGCGCUGCUCACGCUCGCACCCGCAUCGCAGCCGCCAAGGCCAAACGCGACAAGCUCAAGGCCGCGAAGCAGGCCCGCGCUGCUCAUGCUCGUAGUGUUAAGAAGCAAAAUGCGAAGGCUUGA